AUGGGAGGUCUCUACAGCGACGGCUGGAUGCUCCCGCGGCCGACACCGGGACGAGUAUCCCUGGGUGCUUGUGCGGCUGGGUCUGAUGAGGCUGGCCCAGAGGGCCUCACCUCCACCUCCCUACUGGACCUCCUGCUGCCUACUGGCCUGGAGCCACUGGACUCAGAGGAACCUAGUGAGGCCAUGGGCCUGGGAGCUGGCCUGGGAGCCCCUGGCUCAGGCUUCCCCAGCGAAGAGAGUGAAGAGUCCCGAAUUCUGCAGCCACCACAGUACUUCUGGGAAGAGGAGGAGGAGCUGAAUGACUCAAGUCUGGAUCUGGGACCCACUGCAGACUAUGUUUUUCCAGACUUAACUGAGAAGGCAGGUUCCAUUGAAGACACUAGCCAGGCCCAAGAGCUCCCAAACCUCCCCUCUCCCUUGCCCAAGAUGAAUCUGGUUGAGCCUCCUUGGCAUAUGCCUCCAGAAGAGGAAGAAGAGGAAGAAGAAGAAGAGGAAGAGGAGGAGAGGGAGCAGGAAGAGGCAGACAAAGAAGAAGAAGAGGAAGAAGAAGAGGAGCUUCUCCCUGUAAAUGGAUCCCAAGAAGAAGCCAAGACUCAGGUCCGUGAUUUUUCUCCUGUGAGCAGCAGCCAGACUCCAGGGACCACCAAACACAGGCAUGAAGAUUCUGGGGACCAGGCCUCCUCAGGUGUGGAAGGAGAGAGCAGCGUGGGGCCCAGCUUGUCGCCGCCCUCAGUCACCCCAAGUGUAGUGACCCUAGGGAAUCAGGACCUUGCCAGCCAGGAGGCGGCGGGGGUUGCAGUACUGCCGGCUGUGGGACUUGGGACUGAGUUUGAGGUUCCUCAGGAGGCAAAUGAGGAGGCCACCUUGGGGGCCGCUGGUUUGGCUGGCAAGCAAGGGGAGGCGCCAUCCUUGCCUUCACUCCCUCAAACUGAAGCUCCCAGUGGGGCCAAGGCACCGGAUGAAAGCCACCUUGACUCUAGAACCUCAGCGUCUUUCCCACUGGCACCCCGAGACAUAGACCUGACACCUUCGUCUGCUACCUUGGGGCGAGAAGAUCUCGUCCAGCAGCCCCAGGAAGAGCAGGCAGCUGAAGCUCAAUCCAGAAUACCUUGGGAUUCUACUCAGGUGAUCUGCAAGGACUGGAGCAAUCUGGCUGGGAAAAACUAUAUCAUUCUGAACAUGACAGAGAACGUAGACUGUGAGGUGUUCCGGCAGCACCGGGGGCCGCAGCUCCUGGCCCUGGUAGAAGAGGUGCUGCCCCGCCAUGGCAGCAGCCAACACGGGGCCUGGCACAUCUCUCUGAGCAAGCCCAGUGAGAAGGAGCAACACCUUCUCAUGACACUGGUGGGUGAGCAAGGGGUGGUGCCCACUCAAGAUGUCCUUUCCAUGCUGGGUGACAUCCGCAGGAGCCUAGUGGAGAUUGGCAUCCAGAACUACUCCACAACAAGCAGCUGCCAGGCACGGGCCAGCCAGGUGCGCAGUGACUACGGGACACUCUUUGUGGUGCUGGUGGUCAUUGGUGCCAUCUGCAUCAUCAUCAUUGUGCUUGGCCUGCUCUACAACUGCUGGCAGCGCCGGCUGCCCAAGCUCAAGCAUGUGUCGCACGGCGAGGAACUGCGCUUCGUGGAGAACGGCUGCCACGACAACCCCACGCUGGACGUGGCCAGCGACAGCCAGUCGGAGAUGCAGGAGAAGCACUGCUUUACUCCUGAAGCCUCCCUGCAUCAGGUGCCUGCCGCCCAAGAGUUAGUGACUAACCCCAAAGCUGAAUGUAACUCAGAGCACUGA